CUCAAUUAUAUUUACAGUAAUAUUAUUGUAAACAGUGUUUGCAUUCAAUAGCCAUUUAUCAGUGAUUUCUGUGAACUCAAGUCAAGUACCCAUUUGUUUGUGUCAUAAGUUGUUGUCAUUAUCUGUUGCCACAGACACCUCCCGAGGAAGUGGUGAUCACUAUCUGUUAGCUAUAGCUGCGACGGCAGCCGUGGUAUAGGCGGUGGUGGCGAUCGUGGUGCGGAUCAACUGGUGGUGACAAUGGGUGACGCGGUGGUGAACGUGGAGAAAGAGGUGGACAAAGUGGUGAACAAGUUUCACGAGUUGCAGAGACACAACGACCAGACCCUCGAUGACCUAAUCCAACAGAUCAAUAGCUAUCAACGCGACCUCAUGCUCUUGAGCGCGCCGGCCAACGAGUUGACACAAAUACAACGCGAUCUGCUGUACGACAACGUGAUUAAGAAGACCCGGAACACGAUCUCGCAGUUCUCGUCGGAGCACCGGGACAUCCACUCGUCGGUGAGCCGUAUCGGGAAAGCCAUCGACAAGAACUUCAUCUGCGAUUACGCGUCCGUUAGCAACGACUCGGUGUUUGAGUCGCCGGCGAACACGAUUAUCUUGAAUCAGGUGAUUGUGGAGCACUUCCUGAGGCAGGGAAUGCUGGACAUCGCCGAACAGCUGACCCGCGAGGCGAAGCUCGACAUACCCGACCACAAGAAGAGGCCGUUCACCGAAUUGAAUACAAUACUCGACUCGUUGAAGGCCAGGGACCUGCAGCCGGCGCUCCAGUGGGCGAUCGUCAACAGGGAUCAGCUGAGGGCCCAGAACUCGGCCUCCAAUCUGGAGUUCAAACUCCAUAGACUGCAGUUCAUUGAGCUGUUGAAGGGAGGGGUGGAGAACCAGAUGGCGCUCAUACAGUACGCGCGGCAGUACUUCCAGCCGUUGGCCGACAAACACGAGCGCGAGAUACAGGCGAUGAUGGGGUCGUUGCUGUACCUGAAGGUGGGGCUCCAGAACUCGCCGUACGCCUACCUCUUGGACAGCCUCUCGUGGAGCGAAAUCUGUGAUAUAUUCACGAGAGACGCGUGCGCUCUGUUAGGGCUGAGCGUCGAGUCGCCCCUCGCGGUCACCAUCAACGCCGGCUGUGUGGCCCUACCGGCCCUCCUGAACAUCAAGCAAGUGAUGCAACAGAGACAGGUGACCAACGUGUGGAACACCAGGGAUGAGUUGCCCAUCGAGAUCGACCUGAGCCGCAAGUGUCACUUCCACUCGAUCUUCGCGUGUCCUAUACUCAGACAACAGUCCUCUGAGAAUAACCCGCCCAUGCGUUUGGUGUGCGGACACGUCAUCUCGAGGGACGCCCUCAACAAGCUGUCCAAUGGCACCAAAUUGAAGUGUCCCUACUGUCCCAUUGAACAGAACCCCAAUGACGCAAGGUUGAUUCACUUCUGACCACUGUGCCCGUCACCUCUAUAUCCCGACUCCACGU